AUGGACAUGCCUGAUUGCAUGCUGGUUUGUUUGUAUAAGCCUCUCAUUCACCAGACCAAGAUAUAUGGCCUUCCUGUGCCUAUCUUUUGCAUGUUUGUCUCAGCAUGGAUGGUCUACAAAGAUUUCAACAAGGCUUUCAGCAUUAAUAAAGGCUGGGAAAUCCCUUCUACACCUCUUCCUUGUCCAUACAAGAUUUGUGAAGUUGUAGGAAAAGGUUGCAGCAUGGUGGCAUUGUGUAAGGUAUCAAAGGGAGAAGUCAUUGUGCACAAACUUCCACUCAUCAUUACAGCCUGUGUGAUUACUUGCAUUCCUAGUAACAUAUGGGUUGUAUUGGAUGCCAGAUUGCUGCAACUGCUCUAUUGGUUGGAGCUGGAAGACUGUGCUGUGUAUCUUUUGUUGCACAAUUGCAAGCCUGUCAACAAGUAUGGUCUGCACAUUAGUAUCCACCUUACUAAUACAAUCAGACUUAGUUUCUCAGAGUCCAAGAUUUGUACACAAUAUACUGUAGUCUGUUGUGAGAUAUUGCUAGUCAAUCAUAGCUGCUCACCAAACACAGGCCAGAAUAGUGACUCAAGAACACUCAUCUGUGACCUUUGUGUAGAGCAUGACAUUGCUCCAGGCAAAGAAAUCACUAUAGCCUACAUUGACACUGUACGUCCAACUGCAGAAAGAAAAGCAGAGCUUAAAGUCAAAUAUGGCUUCAAUUGUACCUGUUCAGUAUGCACCAGUUCAUCUCACAACCCUGCAAGUGACGAACAGCGCAAGUUCAUCUCUACUACACUGUCAUCCCUCAACUCAUCGUCAUUGUUCGACAAAUGGAUGGAGAUGCCCCUGCAAAUCAGAAGCAUGCAUGCAAAACACAACAUCAAGUACUACACUGACGUCCUGUGUACAAUAGACAAAGAGCAACUUGGCACAACUGAGCAUUAG